AUGGCAGCUCCCGCAAAGUCGACACGUUGGGGUUCUUUCCUCCAGCAGGCUGUAGCCGGCGUCGAGGCCCGUCUCGAUAACAUGCUUGCUGAGGGAGAGAAUGGAGCUAUCCCGCCGCAAGCUUCCCAGUCUACCGCGGCUUCUACCACUGUCCCUUCCAAGGACCAGCAAAUAAGCCAGCCUCGAUCCUCAACCAGCAGCCGUACCAACGAUCGCCUACAAGAGCGCCUUGCCAAGGCCAUUGCGGCCAAGAACACCCAGCCGUCCGACGCUCGCAGCGUAACAUCAGACUCCCAGAGUACUCGACCAAGUGCCGAUGGCGGUCGUCCAGGAGCUGGUACGCUUCCAAAAAGGGGUACCGAUGCUCCUAGUCCGGCGAACACUCCAGCGCCGGUAGUAGUCACGACUGAGGCCGCCAUACCCAACAAUACUAUCCAGGACGAGGAUGAGAUCAUUGAAACGUCCAAAGAAGAUCCCUCUAGUAGCCACCGAGUUCCGAAUUCAAUGGAGAGUAGCCGAGCCUCGGAGGCUCAACAAGAGGGUAACUCUGCCACCCCAGAUCAACGACUGGAACUCGAAACAGCCACCACGUCAAGUGGCAACCGGAUCGAAUGUAAUCAGUGUACGGCACUUCAUGCACAGGUCGAGGCCCUGGAAGCUAGGGCGGAACAGUCGACAAAGGAGCAACAGGAGGAGAUGCAUCGCUAUGUCGAACAGUUUGAGUCCAUGCAAGCAAAACUGCAAUUCCUGGCGCGGGAUGCUACAGAUGCCGCACGCAUGUCUGCAGCGGCGGCACCUACGGGAAGUCAUGAGCGAGUACUUGCUGAAAGAGACGUCAAGAUUACGGCCCUUAUGGACGAAGGCCGCAAUUUGGCCGCCACGGAGCAGAAACAUCGGGCCAUCAUCAGGAAACUCAGGACACAGAUUGCAAGCGACGAGAAGACCUUGGGAGAGCUACGUGCUCGUCAAGAGAAGCUGACUGCUGAUAUAGAAACUCUACGCCCCCGAGCCAGCCGCGUUGAGGAACUGGAACAGUCAAAUCAAGAACUACAGAUCAAAUCCAACGGAAUGCAAGACGAAUUGAGCGCAUUGCGUGAUGAGGUGUCAACCAACAAAUCUACAAUGCAAAGGCUACGGGAUGAUCUCCGGAGAGCUUCCGACCAGGCCAGUUCCACUGUAGGUAAGGUGAACGAGGAGGCACUGGCCGCUGAGAAACGCCGCGUCAAAGACCUUGAAGAUACUGUCGCCGCAUUGCAGCUGGAGCGGAACCUGAUCGCUGGUCGGGCAAAGGAGAGUGCAGCAGAGGCGGAAGAAAAAGUAGCGCGCGCCGCCGAGCGCGCCCGCGCCAAGGAACUCGAGAUGAAGGUAGAGCUUCAAGCAAUGGAGGGGAAGCUGGAGGCCAUGCGUGCGCUAGCGGAAGAGGCAUCCUCUGGCGCCGUGGGUGACUCCCAAGUCAAACUUUUGCGUCAAGUGGAAACACUGCAGACGCAGCAUGCCAUUGCUGCGGAAAACUGGCAGGGUAUCGAGGCCAGUCUGAUCGCACGAGUGGCCAACCUUGAGCGCGAGAGAGAUGAUGCUCUGCGACGUGAGUCGGACAUGAGGAAAAAGGCUAGAGAGACUGCAACCCGAUGCAAACGCCAGGACGAAGAGCUCCAAGAGCUCACGAACAGGUUUCCCAGCUAUCAAAGGGAUAUCGACAGUUUUCAAGCUCGUAAUGAGACGCUUCAAAAAAGAGCAGAGAACGCCGAGGCAGCGCUGUCACAGGCCCGACUUGACCUUGAAAAGCAGCAGGCAGCAUGGAAGACUGAAACGAUUGAACUCGACCGUCGGCCUUGGCUAGAAGACCACUUGUCCGGCCCUGGAUCUAGGAUUCAGAGUCGUCCAGACUCGCCCUUACUCUCCGUACCCACGCGUACGAUGAGCAACGAUCUACUUCUACUACACAGUGUAUCUGGCAAGGGUCGCAAGAUAUCGACCCCGACUAGUGGAACGGACGGUUUCCAGGAGGGUUCACAGCUAGGGCGAAGACUAUCAAGCCAGCCACCAGCUAGACCGCCCAUGCUAACCAGCGGCUCGAAUCUGCCGGUGGCACCUUCCAUCACUUCGUUUGAGUUGCCUCCAGACUCGCUGCCUACGCCCACAUCGUACGCAGGCGACAAAGACGAUUUGUUUGACGGCGUGGAAACGUCAUCGUCGCCUCGCCAAAUGAUGCAGGAUAUGGUUUCCGUGUCGACGGUUGGCGCAGGACCUUCGGUACAGCUGGUAGAAAGAAUGAGUGCGGCCAUCCGGCGAUUGGAAGCGGAGAAGGUCACGUCCCGGGAAGAAUUGGCGCGCAUAUCGGGACAAAGAGACGAGGCCAGAGCCGAGAUUGUCUCGUUAAUGAAAGAGCUGGAGUCGAGCAAGACGGCUUCAAAACGGGUGACCGAGUUGGAAGGACAGGUUGAGGAUUUGAACUCAAGAUACCAGACAACACUAGAAUUACUCGGGGAGAAGAGCGAGCUAGUAGAAGAGUUGCGGGCUGACGUGCAGGAUGUCAAGGCCAUGUAUCGCGACUUGGUAGAGCGCACAAUCAGAUAA